AUGGCCUCGUCCCCGGUUCACACCUUUGCACUCAGUCCCAGCAAUUCUCGAACACUUUCCUUCGUCCCCCAACUCAGCUUGUCAAACGGAAACAUGGCAACCGAUCUGUUGCGCAGAUUUCACAUUCGAAAGCCCAGCCGAAAGGGCAGCUCUCUCACUCCUCGGCCUCUCUCCCAAGCCGACGCGGAUGCUCUCAGCUCAGAACUGACCUCUGGGUCGUCCACCAAUCUCACGCGCAGCGCCUCUACGAUCGAUCAUCGCCGUGGGAGCCCCCUGGCGGAUAAAAUCAAUUUGAGACACCCGCAAAAUGUCAGCUUCGGGUCCGAUGUGCGGGGAAAUGAGCCAAUAUCGGCUUCCGGUGAUGAGCGGAAUUUGAGAGCUUUGGAAGAACUUCAUGAUGAGGAUCUAUCUGAGGCAGCUCUUCCUUCGACUUCGACGACGAACAGAACCCUGGAUAAGGAAUUGAUGGAUAGUGAUGACGGAGAAAAUCAGAACAAAGAUUCAAACAUAGGGCCGGUCGGUAGGGCCGACGGUGCAGCUGACGCUCGAAAUAAAUCUACCAACGGUGUGGAGAGGCCUGCACAGUCUCCAAAAGAGCAGGAUAUAAAUGCUCUUCGCACUCAAUUGUGGAAGGCUCGUGAACAGCGAGAUGCGCUCGAAACAGAAUUGAAGCAACGACAGCAAGAAUGGAACCGAAAAGCUGGCGAGACGAAUAGAUCCUCGAGGAGCAAGGCAUCCGUGGAAAGCCAGCAUCUCGGAGAUCUUCAAAAGCGUAACGAGGAAAUGACGAAACAAAACAAAUAUCUCGAGGACAAAAUCAAUGUUUUUCAACGCGAAAUGACUGAGAUUCAGAAGAGGUGUAGUGUCCUGGGUCUUGAGAUCAACAGAUUGGAGAAAGAGCUUCGAGAUCGAGAGAACAAGAUCAGCGCAGCAACUGUGGAAAUGGAGGCACUACGAAGCAACCGUGACAGCAUCGCUGCCGAGCUUCAACAAACGCAAGCGAUGCGCAACCGAGCCGAGCGUGCGUCGGAACUUUCCGAGCAGCAGCUUCGACAUGCUUUGACAGUUCUCAAGGAACAGCUUAAUGAGAGCGCAAAGCAGAACCAGUCGCUCCAAAGCGACAUAGAAUUUUACCGCAUGACGCUGGCGGACCGUAACAACAUCAUAGCCUACCUCAACAGCACCAUGGCCAACCUGUACGCAGAGAAAGUUACUAUCAGGAGUGAAGUCGAACAGCAGUGGGUCGGGAAACUGAUGCAGAUGCGGGAACGAGUUGAGCGGAUUGUGGAGCGGAUGGAGGGCUGGCAGAAGGAGGAAGGAAAGUAUAUCGACGAGUGCAAAGGGAUCGCGGCAACGUUGGCGGGGAUGUUACAGGAGCCUGCUAUCCAGCCUGGAGCGCUCGGCCGACGAGGAAGUCAGAGGCGUUCCUCCAUCGCCGAAGCGCAGAGCACCGGCAAGGUACCAUUCGACAUCCCCGGAUCACCUGGAUCCCGCGGAGGCUCGGAUUUGACGACCUGGGAGGCCCUCCGUGAACGAAACGUCGAAGCGAGAUCCUCCGUCCCAAGAUUCACCGAUCCUACAGCGGUGGUUGAGCAUCAUGACAGUCCCAACCCAGAAGACGAAGUUACGCCUAACAGUCCUCAAAGCCAACAAAGCCCUACUGAACCUGGAACGCUCACCGGACACUCUACUGUCCAAAGUCCGACACCCAUUUCGCAUCAGCGCUCGAUUUCCAAUCACAAAGAUCAGUCUUCGUCGCUUUCACCUCCGCCUCGCGCUAAGGAUACGGCCUAUACCACGUUCAGAGCCCCGAGGAGCAGGGUUCCGUCGACGCAGACGUUUGGUGGAGACAGUAAAGCGCGAUUGAGCGAUGAGUCGAACGCAUCGAGUUUGUGA